AUGAAGUCAUUCACUUUCCUCCUCCCCUUUGCCUCAGUGGCCACUGCUAUCUGCCAUUACGGCACAUCUCUGGGACCUCGUGACCUUGGACUCGCUGAGCGAGCUGAGGGAAGCUUCGGGUACCAUGAGCUUGAGGGCGCCAUCAACUGGCAUGCUCUUGACAGCAAGAACAAGCUCUGUGCUACUGGAAAGGCCCAGUCGCCCAUCAAUGUCGUCCGCUCCGAGCGAACCAUCGUCCCCGGCCGAUCCUAUGGCCUCAACAUCCCUUCUUACCCUUACGGUGCUCCCAUUCAGAACCUCGGCACCACCGUCCAAACCACCGUCAACGGAUCUGCGACUAUCCUAAAUGAUCCUUCCUACGUCCUGAGGCAGUUCCACUUCCACACCCCGAGCGAGCACCACCUCGACGGCGAGCACUUCGCCGGGGAGGUGCAUUUCGUCUUCGAGAACGGCAACAAGAAGCUGGCCGUGAUCGGCUUCUUCAUCGAGAUCGCCGGCGGCAGCGACCAGCCCACGCAGGUCAUCAGCAACGCCCUCGACGGCCUGGGCGCCAUCCCUGAAGCGGGCCAGCAGGGCGUCACCAACUCGCUCGACUUUGCGGGCCUCCGCGAGCACCUAAGGCGCUCCGACGUCUACCAGUACGGCGGGUCCCUGACCACCCCUCCCUGCUCCGAGGAGGUCACAUUCAAUGUCGCCGCCAAGCCGAUCUACGUCUCCGCGGACAAGUACCGAGCGCUCAAGCGCAUCGUCAAGUUCAACUCUCGCUUCACGCAGAACAAGCCCGGGGAGGAGAACAUCCUCCAGGUCGUCAGCAGGACCGUCAGCAGGCUUGCACAGAACACCCGCAGGCGAGCCUUCAACGCCUAA